AUGCACCCCCAAACCGCGGAAUCUCUCCGCCUCCCACUUACAGAUCUCCCUUUUCCCCAUACCGUAACUAUGCUUGAUGGGUUGAGCCCCCAGGCUGGCAAAAUCUGGAAAAAGGCCAACUUCACCUUCUCCUUUGAUGGCAAACAAAUGACCAAGACCUUCCUCAUCUGUAACACCGGGUCUCACGCCGCCAUUUUAGGAUUGAAGUGGUUAGACGCCCAUAAUCCAGAAAUUGAUUGGAAUCUACGCACCCUCUCCUUUCCCCACGCACCACCAGAACAGGUAGCCAUUGCCAAAGAAGAGGAAGCUGACAAGAACCCUCUUGAAGGAGUACCCUCCAAGUACCAUCAAUAUGCUAAGGUAUUUGGGGAAGGAGAAUUCAAUAAACUUCCACCCCACAGGCACUAUGACAUUGGGAUCAAACUAACCAAGGAAGGACCCCUAAAUUCACCCCUUUACAGUAUGACCAACGCCAAAUCCUCCACUCUCAAGGAUUGGCUCAGGGAUGAGCUCAAGGCAGGGAAAAUUUGUCCUAGCAAAUCCUCCAUCAGUUCACCUGUAAUGUUUGUCCCCAAAAAGGAUGGCUCCCGCCAAUUGGUUGUAGAUUACCAUUGCCUUAAUAACCAGACUAAGAAGAAUGGUUACAACAACGUCCAAGUUAAGGAAGGUGACAAAUGGAAAACCGCUUUCCGCACCAAGUAUGGCUUGUAUGAGUCCCUAGUCAUGACCUUUGGGUUAACCAAUGCUCCCGCCUCCUUCCAACACUUCAUGAAUGAGCUAUUCAAGGAUCUACUGGAUGUAUGUGUCAUCAUCUACCUUGAUGACAUCUUGAUUUACUCCAAAGAUGACGCAUUCCACACUCAGCAUGUUCAUGAAGUCCUAUGGCGCCUAAUGGAAAACCAAUUGUUCUGUAAAGCCUCCAAGUGUACCUUCCACGUCACAUCAGUGGAAUACCUAGGGAUCAUUGUCUUGGAUAAAGGUUUCAGCCUGGAUAAGCUCAAAAUCCAGGCGGUCCAAGAAUGGCCCACACCCACCAAGGUUAAGGAAGUCCAGUCCUUCCUUGGGUUUGCCAACUUCUUAAGGCGGUUUGUAGCCAACUUUAGUCACAUGGCCAGACCCCUGCACAACCUGGUUAAGAAGGCCACAGUUUGGAAAUGGGGAACCAAGGAACAGGAAGCCUUCCAGGGGCUGAAGGAUGCCAUCACCAACGCUCCAGUCCUUUGUCACGCCGACCCAGGGAAACCUUACUUUCUAGAAACAGACGCAUCAGGCGCGGCCCUAGGCUCCAUACUGAGCCAACGCCAGGAAGACAGUUGCCUCCACCCACUAGGCUUUUUGUUGGAAUCAUUCAAGGGUGCCAAACAAAAUUACGACACCCACAAUAAGGAACUCUUGGCAAUCAUCCGGUCAUUUGAGUAUUGGCAAAUCUUCUUGGAAGGAACCCGUCACCCCAUCACCGUAUUCACUGAUCACCGCAACUUGGAAUACUGGAAGGAAUCCCAAAUGUUUAACCGCCGCCAUGCCAGGUGGCACCUGUUACUGGCCGGUUACAAUUUCCAGAUUGUAUAUAGGCCCGGAAAACAGUCAGGGAAACCAGAUGCGCUCUCCUGCCGAUUGGAUCACGCCAACAUCCCACCAGAACCUCAGUCUAUGCUACCAGAACCGGUGUUUGCCAACGUUGCCCUAGUAACGCCUGAAAUAGAGAUCCAACGCCAGAUUGAGUUGUCACUAGACCAGGAUGAGUCCUUGGAGGAAAUCCUCCAAUUCCUGCAAAACAAGUUGAAGGCACCCCCCUCCAUUAAACACGCAUUUAAGGAUUACAAAAUGGAGGCGGACCUUCUAUUUUACCAAGGACGCAUUGUGGUACCAGACAUGGGGACAUUAAGGACAGACCUAUUAGGUAUCUUCCAUGCCAGCCCCUUGGCAGGUCACCUGGGAAGACAACGGACACUCAAACUAGUUUCCCGCAACUACUACUGGCCUGGAAUCUGCGCUGACACCUACUGGCACAUUGAUUCAUGCAAGACCUGCCAACGUAUCUGCAAGCCUAAGUACGCUCCCAUUCCCCCUCAGCCACUUGAACUCCCAACUAGGCCCUGGCAACACAUCUCCUAUGAUAUGAUUGUUGAUCUACCAAAGGACGGGGCUUACAACUCUAUACUAGUCAUUGUGGAUAGCUUCACCAAAUACGUCAUACUGGUGGAAUGUUCAAAGAAGCUGAAGGCCCCUGAAUUGGCAGAUCUGUUCCUACAACAUGUCUGGAAGAAAUAUGGGAUGCCAGAGAAAACCAUCUCAGACCAAGGAAGGGUAUUCAACAACAAAUUCCUGAAAGCGCUGUACCAACGCUUAGGUAUAGACCCUCACUUUUCCUCUGCAUACCACCCCCAGAGCAAUGGACAGACAGAACGGGUAAGCCCUUCCAUAGAACAUUUCCUGAGAGCCUACUCCAGCAUUAAUCAGAGGGACUGGGUCAAAUGGCUCCCCAUGGCAGAAUUUGCUUACAACAACGCAGUCCAUAGCGCCACAGGGAAAUCUCCAUUCAAAGCGCUUCACGGUUGGGAACCAACCCUGACCCCCUCUAAUGUUCCUACAGACGUGCCAGAGGCCAAUACACUAGCCCAAACAAUGGAAGCCCAAUGGAAGGAGAUAGAAGCAGCGCUCCGGCAAUCAAAGACACAGAUGACUGCCGGAGAACAAGGGAACCCAGUGGAAUUUGAAGUUGGGGAAGAAGUCUGGCUUGACGCCAAGAACGUAAAACUUGAAGUCCUAAGCCCAAAACUAGCGGAACAAUGCCUAGGACCGUUCAAAGUUUUGGAAAGGAUCUCCAACUGCGCCUACCGGCUUGAACUGCCACCAACUAUGCAAACACACAACGUUUUCUAUGUUGGACUGCUAUCCAAGGUCAAAAGGGAUGACAAAAGGGUGUUUGAGAACCGCCCGCCCCCAGUCACAGUGGACAGAGAGGAGGAAUACGAGGUGGAAGGAAUCACGGACAUGGAAAAGAGGAACGGGAAGUGGUUUUUUAGGGUUAAAUGGAAAGGCUAUGGGUCAGAGGAGAAUACCUGGGAACCAAGGGAAAACCUCAAAAAUGCCGAAAAAAUCCUGAAAAAAUUUGAGAAGGAAAUGAAGGAAAAGGCCCUUGGCGCUGCCAAGGCCCUUAAAGGGGGGGCAGUGUUGUAG